CCAACCGCGACGCCCCACGACGACCUGCGCAAUCAUGAACGAUUCGCCCGUCCUCGUCAAGCCCAAGCGGCUUUCGACUCCCACACCCGGCCAGCUGCUGGCCGCUCGACAGCGCUCUGCCGAUGAAUUUUUUACUCAUCUGGAGCCCGCGAAACUUGUCGAAGCACUAACACCGCCCAACGGUGUUUUAAGGGGAUGCCUCGCAGAAGCUUCCGCCAUCGACCGGGACUUCGCAAUGCGAACGGCCAUGGCAUCCCACGAGAUCUGGCAAUGGCUCGACGAGCUGAACCAGUGGAAUUGGCCAAAGCAUGGGGGGUCCGAGGGCUUCCUGGAGCCAAACAAUACGCAAAGGAAGCUUUUUGCCCAGGCCCCGACCCCUGGAGAGGAGGCUGACAAGAAGCAAUACAUGGGAAGCCUCCUCGCUGAAGAGGUGGAAAAAUACGAAUCAAGAAUCAGCCAGAUCAACCAGGCCAUGGAUAGACUAGAUCUGGAAGAGAUCAAAGGUCACGUCAUAAGCGACCACAUCCUUCCGCUGUCAAGGCCGGGUACUCCAAUGAACAUGGACCCCCGUCAAUCGAUGCUGUCCGCCUUAUCGAGCUAUCAUAAAAUGGAGGACAUCUCCGUCCUCAUCACCGCCAUUGUUAUACGAACCCUGCCCAACCUGGCAAAGCUCUCUCGCCAGCUGCAGCUGUGGCACAUGCGCAUCAUUGUCCUCCGACAUGUCAACCCCUUUUUGCAGGCUAUCCAGGAAGUCGAGGCUCUUCUUGGCGAAAACUGGGAAGCCAUUUCUCAGUCCCACUGGGAGAUGGAACAACCCAGCAGAAAGGCCAUAGUCCUGCCCGCGCGCACUCUGACCGACAAAGACUUUGAUACCCGCAAGCACUCACUCGCGCUUAAAGUUGCCGAGCCCGGCCGUACUUUGGAUUAUAUGCUAGACUGCUUGGAGGGUGCUCCAGACACCCUGCCAGAUGACUGGCUCAACCGCUUGGAAGAUGUUGAGCAAGGCUUUGGAGAGUGGGUUUCUGCCUGCGAACGAAUGAUGGCCGAGGCUAAGUUGGCCAAGAAAAAACCUUCGCCAUCUCCAACGAGGGUCCGAGAGGCGGGCAACAAACUCUCACCGCCGUUGUUGUUAUUACCCCCCACCGGCGAUUCGGACCACGGGGCAUAUCUCGACCCAAUCGCAGAAGAUGAAUUGUCCUCAUCCGAGGAUCAUCCCACUCCUGAGUCUGGAUCCUCUCCCGAAGAUCUUGUAGUGGUAGACGACCACAUGUCAGCCAUCAGCGAGGAAGAUGAGCUGGAUCUACCAUCUCUGCCCAACGGCCCUAGCAACUUUGGCUCUCCCGCAUCCAGAUACGCCGACGAUGCUUCAAGCGAUGUGCCUGAAAUCUCUGCAUCUCCUGCCGUUCCUAGGAAUCGACUCCGCGAGGCACUGUAUGCAAAUGGCGAUAGCCCACCAAGCUCGCCUCCGGAAGUAGAACGCCUCCGUGCCAGGGAAAGCAUGGGUCUCCUCGACAGCCCCAUGGUUGCGCCAAUUGCCGAAGACGACGAGUCAUUUUUCAGAUCAGCGUACGAUGAGGAUUCCUUCUUGGAUGACUUUGAAGAUUCGUAUGCCCCCGAUCUGCCCGACGUGCCCGCCCCGCCCUCUCGCCGAGAAAGUGCGGGCGAGCAGCAACUGCGCCUGCAAAUCACUCAGAUUAUCGAAUCUAUCCCAGCUCGAAUCAAGCUCACCAAUGGAACGUCGGGCAUCAACCUCAACCCGCCAGAUCUCCAGCUCCCUCGGCUGAGGAACAAGGCCUCCAGGGAACCUGUCAAGCGCAGCACAUCGGGCAUGUCAACCCGAACUGCCACGCCUUCAUUUACCCUGUCUCCUGUCAAGCAGAGGACGCGCCCCAAGGGUCAUUAUCCGAUCAGGGUUUAUCAUCUCUCUAGAUCGGACAACGAGGCCCCCAUUAAGCUUUUCAUCCGCUGCGUUGGAGAACAUGGAGAGCGAGUCAUGGUCCGCGUGGGUGGUGGGUGGGCCGACUUGUCUGAAUACUUGAAGGAAUACGCCAUGCACCAUGGCCGCCGCUCGACUGGCCAAGACAGGACCAAGGUAGAGGUUCGCGAUAACACUCGAACUCCUGGACCUACCCACUCCACCCACUCCAGCCCUCCCAGCCGCUCCCCUACUUCUGCCGAUAACCGCUCUUCUACCAGUCCUAUGCCAACGGCGCGCAAGUCACGGAGGAGCAGUGUCAACAGCUCCUUGCGACCAAAGACCCCAGUAACUCCAGGCCAGCCGGCGCAAGGUACACCCCCAUCUGAGGGCUCGGCGAUCUCGAGGCCCAGCUCUCGCCAAAGCUGGGUAGAGGAUGAGAGUUCCUUCUUGGGUCUGGCCGGACCAAGAGCUAAGAAGAUUGAAAUGAGCGAAGAGAGCAAGGCUUGGGUUGAAAGCAUUAAGGAGAAGGUACUCAUGGCCAGCAGCAGCGAUAAAAAGCCAAUCGAGAAGAAGCCAAUCGAGAAGAAGCCAAGCGAGAAGAAGCCAAGCGAGAAGAAACCAAGCGAGAAGAAGAAGCCUGGCGAGAAGAAUUUUGGUGAUAUUGGAAAGGCUGGAGGCACCAAGCGCGUGUUUAGGAGAGCCUAGGUUGUUUUUCUUUUGUCCUUUAUUUUAUUUCUCAUGUGUUAUAUUUCCCCUCGGAAACACGACGUAAGCGUUCGUGCAUGGAAAGGCUUGGUAUUUAUUUCUCCCUAAAAGAAGAGGGGGGGGCGGGCUCGGUUGAAGGGAGACGGGGACGAUGGAACCUGUCAUUUUUAUUUUGUAUUCGCAUGCUUAGAAAGACCAUGCAUGGAGUUUUUAUUUUGGGCGGGCAUUGUUGGGCAUAGCAUGUCAUAGGUUUUUUGUUACAGAAACGUCUGCAUGAAAUGUCCUUGCUGGAGCGAGUUUAAGGAAUUGUCAGAGGAUACCCAUAUACAUACAGAUAGCACAUAGCGGAUUUACCAUUUUCGUGGAAUUAAAAUCAUUUCUCAUAUCACCUUUCAUUAUUUGAUGCCUUUGCUUUUGUCUAUGUCUACGAUUGUUGAAAGUAACGAGUGUGGGCUUUAAUGCUGAGACUGGCUGCGAUGUUGAGCUACAGCUGAGGUGGUGGAUAAUAAAAGUGGGAUGCUGGGCAACUUCACCCUGGAUAGAUUAAGUGUAGAAAUGUUGGCCAAAUUUUGCCUGAUUUUACGAAUCAAUCAAAACCCAAAGAUGGCAUAACUAUUGCCAGGGACAAUUGAAUAUCAAAACUACAAUUUCUCUUGAAAAACAAGCAACAAACAUAGAAUUGCCGGGUAAGCCCAUU